ACCCCCUUUCGACAUUUGUAAGUUAUCAGUAUCAAAAGGCCGGUUUUAACAAGUAUCACAUCUAGAACUAUGCAGUUCCUCGCAAAAUGGGAGUACCCAAGUUGAAGAAGUUUGUGUCCAGUAGCAAAGGAUGGGACACAAUACAAGUGUCAGGCAAAGUAGUCAUCGAUGGCAACUCACUCUGCUAUAAUCUGAACAAACAGCAUGAGUGGAAGUUUGGAGGUGAUUACAAAGACUUCUAUGAAACGGUUACAGUGUACAUUCGAGAGCUCAAGGCAUUAGGAAUAGAGCCGUACAUUGUGGUGGAUGGUAUGGAUCACGAUGACAGCAAGUAUCAGACGUACAUAGCGAGAAACGAGGAUAGAAUCAACCGAAUCGCUAUCAGUCAAUCCAGGGGCACUACACCACAUAACGUCGUUCGUCCGUUGUUCACACAGACUGUGUUUGUUGAUGCAGUGAGAGAUUCAAAGACAAAAUUCUUUGUAGCAGACGGAGAGGCAGAUCGAGAUAUCGCAUUACUCGCCAAUAGUUUAUCUUGUCCUGUUAUCAGCGAAGAUUCAGACUUCUUCAUUUUCAACAUUGAAGCUGGCUACAUACCAUUGAAUGGUGAUGACCAACAAACACGGAUCGAUUUACAAAAGCCAGUCAAGCGAUAUCAGUAUAAGGAAUUCGAUGAAAGCUUCAGCCUAAACCAAGAACAGAGGCUGUUUUUUCCUUUUAUUCUAGGCAAUGAUUUCCACAAUGGUGCCAAACAGUCCUCACUGCAAUUAACCUCACGCACACCUCUUCACGCAAUCGCAAGAAAGUUAUCAACGCUCGAUUUCAGCGACGCAACUUUGACACAAUUCGUUUGUCCGAACCCCAUAAGCCAGAUGGAAAAGAUCAAAUUGUACUACAGAGGGACAGCUCAAUCAUUUGAUGACCUUACAUCUACCAGUUCACUUCUGGAGUUGUAUCCACACACCCCGGAGUGGAUCAUGCAAGAGUACAAGAAUGGUAGGUUCAUGGCUCCAAUAAUGAGUCUUGCAACUUGCCCUACUACAAAGCGGUGGCGACACACAAUAGUAGUCGAAGAUUUCAGUCAACAAAGUGCGUGGAAGAUUACGGAAAUCGCGAAGAAGUUUAUCAUUGGGGCUUUACUCGGUGACGAAGCAAAUAAGCAUCACAUAAUGGCAACUGCAGUUAAAACCUCUGACAAACCAUCAUCACAUCACAGACAUCGUAUCCAAUCGUAUCCAUCAGUGACUAGAGUAGACUCAAAACUUUUAUUGAUGGACACCGAGGUCAUCUUAGCUCCAAAGCAUACCACAAUUCUAUCUGUGCCACUAAAAGAUGUUCCGCAAGUGCCAGUCACUGCUCGCAAGGAGAUAAUGUAUCGUGUGUUUCACUAUACCGAGCCUGCUGAGUCGGACAUUCCUGAGGGGCUACAGUUAGCCAUGAUUGCAGGGCGCUGCUGGGUACGUAAAGUAGCUUGCGACAAUACACACCUGAUUCAGUCACUCGUAUGCUGUAUUCUAACCUGCUAUGGCCAUUUUCAAAUGAUUGAUCGAAAAUACGGAUGUAAGUUAGCUCAACAUGAGAUUCUGUUUUUUCUACACUCCUAUGCUCAGUGGCAGUGUCUACUACAUCACGUUAUCGCAUUUAACCAAGUUCUAAGCCACCCCUUUCCAUACACAAGCCCUGCUAGGCUAUUCUCUUCAAGUUUACUUCUACACUUCUACCAGCAGACCUCACAGGUCCUACAAGAAAAGAUGGACACAUUGGCAACGAGUAUGCUACAAAUAAUUACAGAGAGCAAGUAUUCUACUGAAAGUUUGAAAGAUAUUGAACUAGAGCCUUCGCAGACAAAGAAACGUCGCACUACAUACUGAACUAUAAGUAUAUACCGUAAGGUGACAGGUAUAAUAAUAAUAUUAAAUGCGACUUUAGAGUUUUAUACUGACCAUUUUUCAAAUUAUCCGUGAAUUCAAAUUUUACAGUUUCCUCUCAUUUGCUAACAUCACAUGCAGUAAAUGUUAAUAAAAUUUAAUACAAUUAUAGAGUGCACAUAAUAUGCAAUAGUGUACAUCAAAAUUUUAAUUGAAAUACAUUGAAGAUCAUAAAUGCACUAAAAACAUAGUGAUUCAGUAUCGUUAUGCAUACAAGCAACGAAGUCAUGCCACAGUGAAAGCAAAAUUAAGAUCGAUACAAUCCAUGCACAAUGAAAUGCAAAAAAUCGGUCACGAUUAAAGUAUUUAUGUGGUAAUAUUUCUCUUCACCACCAGCUCCAAGCCUAGAGUCAAAAUGCAAGCUUCCACAAUUACGUGUUAAUAUACAGCAUUUUAUUAGACAUCUGUUCAUCUCCUUUGGGAAAAUGUGUUCCGACUCAAUGCAUGGUCAUAUAUAUGAACAGAGCCAUAUAUUAUGCCAACAGAAGGAACAGUUGUUGAUCACAACACCACGAAAGAAAAUUUACGGAACUAACUGUUCAUCUCAACAACACCGACUGAGGAAGAAAUAUCUACUAAUCGAAAAAUCAAUCUCACAGCUCAAAGAAAGAAUCGAAGUAUUGCAGGAUCUCUCAAAGCCUUCGCUGAAUAUCUACCGUAGACAAUCAACAAAAGAAUCGAAGUAUUGCAGGAUCU